AUGAAGCAGCUACCUCUACCCGUACUCAUGUUACUACUUGUACGGAGUAUGAAGGCCCUCGUGGAAAGGAUUCCAGAUCUAAGUAUAGGGGUACCCGCUGGCUAUCUACCGUAUUGCCCGGGAGUCGAAAAGAAUUCGACAUUGUCCAAAGAGACGUUGCAACUGCUUCAAGUGACCAUACAUUGGAACACAGAAGGACGCGAAUAUCAUAAGAACUUUCCCAUCGAAACGGUACUUCACAACAUUCUAAGCGAUAGGCACAUUGAUCUCAAAAGUAGGAAAACAAUACUUUAUUGCGUGCCUUACUACGAGGGAGCGUUUGCAGUGUCUACGCAUGACUUGGGCAAUCUCUACUAUAAAAUGGGCUACAACGUCUUAAUUCUGGAUACAUUUGCUACAUUAACUCGGCACUAUCCCAAGGCAGUGCGUUUAUCCAAAGCGGUCGGUCUGGAAGCCGGAAAACUUCUCGUGAAGUUAAUGGAACACGGUCUGGACCCGGACAACCUCGAACUCAUCGGAAUGAGCAUUGGAGCUCAAGUGAUUAGCUACGCAGCGAAACACAUGAAGGCCGUGACGGGAAAAAGACCCCACAAGAUCACCGGCUUGGACCCGUCGGGGCCCUGCUACAGAAACCAGCCCCACGAAGAUGUCUUUUUCAUAAACGAUGCCGAAAGAGUCGUCGCAUACCAUACUAAUAUUGACGGUCUGGGCACAGCGCGGAGGCUCGGACACGUGGACUUCUACUUGAACGGCGGGGAGUUUCAGCCAGGGGAUCCGGGGACCUUCGUCUGCCUGGACUUGUGCAGCCACAGCAAAAGUCUCGAAUUUUACCUCGCAAUGCUCAGAUACCCGAAACUGUUCAUCGGAGUCCAGUGCGAUUCGGUGCAGGACGCCAGAUUUGCGAAGUGCUUCGGCAAUCCGGUGCAAAAUUACGGCGGUGUGUUCACGGAUUUCAGUAAACCGGGAAUAUACUAUUUGCCGACGAAUCUCGAAUAUCCUUAUUAUGGGGGUGAAGAAGGGCUGGCGGCGGUCAAUGAACCCUUCGAAAAGUAUAUGAGAGACGACAACUCAGAAGACGUCUUCGAAGCGUAG